UUUGGCUUGUGGGAGGGGGGGAGGGAUCCGGCUCCCCAAACAGGAGCAGCUCUUCCUGGGGGGUGGCGGGAGGGCCAAGAAAGGUCCCUCUGCCAGUGUCACCAGUCUCCUUUCUCUCUCCCCCGCUUCCACCACCCCGCCCCCGGCUUCCAGCCACCCAGGUUCAGGGCACGGUGAAAUGGUUCAACGUCCGCAAUGGCUAUGGAUUCAUAAACAGGAAUGACACCAAAGAGGAUGUGUUUGUGCACCAGACGGCGAUCAAGAGAAACAAUCCUCGUAAGUUCCUGCGAAGUGUUGGAGAUGGGGAGACGGUGGAGUUCGACGUGGUGGAAGGCGAGAAGGGGGCCGAAGCGGCCAACGUCACCGGCCCCGGCGGGGUCCCCGUCAAAGGCAGCCGCUACGCCCCCAACCGCCGUCGCUUCCGCCGAAUUAUCCCGCGCUCCCGCCAGGCCCAGCUGCCCCCCGACGCCGCCCGGCCCGAGGCGGGCGCCGAGACGGCCAGCGAGGGCGAGAAAGCGGACGAAGGGGUCCAGCAGCGCCCGCGCAGGAGGCGCCCCCCGCCCUUCUUCUUCCGCCGGAGAUUCGUGAGGGGACCCCGGGCUCAGGCCCAGCCGCCCCCGCAGCCCCACACCGCGGAC